ACCCGGACUGGGCGUCCCACAGCCUUGGGAUCUUCAUCUGCUUGAAUUGUUCCGGAAUCCAUCGCAAUAUUCCCCAGGUCAGCAAAGUGAAGUCUGUCCGUCUGGAUGACUGGGACGAUGCUCAAGUGGAGUUUAUGGCCUCAAAUGGAAACAAUGUAGCAAAAGCAAAAUACGAAUCUAAAAUGCCACCAUUUUAUUACAAGCCAACGUUUCUUGACUGUCAACUGCUGCGGGAACAGUGGAUCAGAGCCAAAUACGAACGAAAAGAGUUCAUUCACAGCGAGAAGCAGGAGCCUUAUUCUGCAGGGUACCGAGAAGGGUUUCUGUGGAAGAGAGGACGCGACAACGGGCAGUUCUUAAGCCGAAAAUUCGUGUUAUCGGAGAGGGAAGGUGCCCUGAAGUACUUCAACAAAAAUGACGCAAAAGAACCCAAAGCAAUUAUGAAGAUCGAACAUCUAAAUGCGACUUUCCAGCCUGCAAAAAUCGGGAACCCACACGGACUGCAGAUCACUUACUUGAAGGACAAUAGCACAAGGAACAUCUUUGUCUAUCACGAAGAUGGGAAGGAAAUAGUGGAUUGGUUCAACGCCAUCCGGGCAGCGCGGUUUCAUUACUUACAAGUGGCAUUCCCUGGAGCCAGCGACGUUGACCUGGUGCCAAAGCUUUCUAGAAACUACCUGAAGGAAGGGUACAUGGAGAAAACGGGGCCAAAGCAAACAGAGGGGUUCAAGAAGCGAUGGUUCACCAUGGACGACCGGCGGCUCAUGUAUUUCAAAGAUCCCCUGGACGCCUUCGCCAGAGGGGAGGUCUUUAUUGGGAGCAAGGAGAACAGCUACAAGGUCCUGGAGGGGCUCCCGCCCUCCACCCAGGGGAACCACUGGCAGCACGGGAUCACCAUCGUCACCCCCGAUCGGAAAUUCCUCUUCGCCUGCGAGACGGAGGACGACCAGCUGGAGUGGAUCACCACCUUCCAGAAAGUCAUAAGCCGGCCCAUGCUGCCUCAGGAAUACGCAGUGGAAGCCCAUUUCAAACAUAAACCUUAGCGGGGACUGGCUGGGCAGACCUGAGGAGUGAGCUUCUGUUUACAACACAACGUGGUUUUAUUUGAAAUGUUAAAAUUAAUGAAUAAUAAUAAUAUUAAUAACAGUAAUAAUAAUAAUA